AUGGAGGCCGCUCGAGGGGCGUUCGAUAUGCGCAACCACUGGUACCCGGUGGCCUUUGCCAGCGAGCUGCCACGAGGGGCGGCGGCGACAGGGUCGAGGCCGACCGACCCCUACGGCUUCCAGCUGCUGGGCGACCCCAUCGUCCUGUUUCGGGACCAGCACGGCGCGGCCCAGUGCGUGCAGGACAAGUGCUCCCACCGCUCGGCUCCCCUCUCCGUCGGCACCGUUCGCGAUGGCCGCCUCGAGUGCAAGUACCACGGGUGGCAGUUCGGGAGUGGUGGCAAGUGUGAGUCGAUCCCGUCGGAGCCGACCACCAGGCCCGGCAAGCCCUUCUGCGUCUACGCCUAUCCCACCACCGAAGUCUACGACUUGGUGUGGGUGUGGCCAGGGGACCCGGAGAAGGCGUCCGAGCAGCACAUCCCCCACCACCUCUUCAAGGAGUACCGCGACAAGAGCUGGGGCAAGGACACCGUCACCCGCGACUUUGACAUUGGACAUGGGCUGUUCAUUGAGAACAUACUGGACCCGUCCCAUCUGCCCUUCACCCACGACGGCACGCUGAGCAAGCGCGCCAAGGCCGACGAGAUGAAGGUCGAGAUGCUCUUCGACAACGUGUUCGGCCAGGCCCCCGCGCCUCGCAGCUCAGCCGACGAUCACCAGACCGACGCCCACUCCCACUUCACCCUCGAAUCGAAGAACAUCGAUUGGAAGAAUCGCAGCAGAGAUCCGACGUUUGCGGCAGAGAUGGGCUCCAUUGACAUCAUCGUGACGGUGCUCGCAGUCAAGGGCUCCGUUUCGACCGUGCCUGAUGAGCCCAGAGACGAGGAGCCAGACGAGCUGCUGCUGUUGUUCGAUUCUUCCUCCGAUGCAUCGAGAUCUGCCCUCGCUAGGCAAGAGCAGCUGCCCAGGGGAGCAGAGUAG